CGCCACCUCAGGGAGGGAGGUAACAGGAUGCGUACUACAUAGUACGCUAGUGCGCUCCCGGCGGUGUGAGCUGAAUGCAGUGGGAUUGGUCGGGAAAUGACGGUGGUUUGAUUGUCGGAGUUUGUUUUAUUCGAGGCUGCUGGAAUUCCGCUGCUCCGUCCAGGGAAACUUAUAUAUUAUUCCUCUGUGUUCGAACCGCCCGAACUUUGCUGUUUAAAAGCGUAAUUCUCAGAACAGAACCUCCGCAGCGCAUUAGUGUUGUUUUUACCUCAGGAUGAUAUUAACGGACGCGCUACCUGGCCUGCCUUAGUGAUUAGCACAAUGCUAACAGAACAGAGCGGUUAGUGCAUCGUUAAACCAGUUAGCACGACUGCAUUAGCCGCGGUUAUAUUAUAUUAAAUCACCCGCUACAGCGCUAGUUUUGGAAGUGUUAAUUAGCUUAGCUUAGCAUAGCUUAGCAUAGCGUUAGCAGUGCUAGCAUUCUGGCUCUGUGCUGCCGGGUUACUGAGGUAAGUUUGCUAGCAGUUUAGCUACCAGCUUGAAAAAGGCUACCGAAAGGCUGCUGAAUAAUUAAAGAGGUUUAUUGACCCUGAUAAUGGAGUAUGUUCUGCCUAAUCGCGAUUAGAACAUCUCGCUGUGCAGUAUGUGGUGUGCAGGAGCCAGCAAUUCCCUCUGUGCGUGUAGUGUAUCGCUCCAUCACACUGCUUGAUGGCUGUCUCCGUUAUAUAGGCUGACUUUACGCGUCGGCGAUGAACGUACACGAGGCGCUCGAUUCUUUAACCGGACGUUUCUGAAUCACAAUCGAACAGGAGGACUUUGACAAGAAGCAGCACCAGGAUCGGAUCUCGUUCUCACCCGCCGACAAUACGGACCAUGGCUUCGGUGUGGAAAAGACUGCAGCGUGUGGGAAAGCACGCAUCCAAAUUCCAGUUUGUGGCCUCUUAUCAGGAGCUCAUGGUGGAAUGUACAAAGAAAUGGCAACCAGACAAACUCGUGGUGGUUUGGACUCGCAGGAGUCGGCGGAAAUCCUCCAAGUCUCAUAGUUGGCAGCCGGGCAUCAAAAACCCGUACAGAGGAGUUGUGGUGUGGCCUGUUCCUGAGAAUGUGGAGAUCACCGUCACCCUGUUUAAGGACCCUCAUGCAGAGGAGUUUGAAGAUAAAGACUGGACCUUCGUCAUUGAGAACGAGUCCCCGUCAGGCCGUAGAAAAGCCCUGGCCACCAGCAGCAUCAACAUGAAGCAGUACGCGAGCCCCAUGCCCACGCAGACGGACGUCAAGCUCAAGUUCAAACCUCUGUCCAAGAAGGUGGUGUCUGCCACGCUGCAGUUCUCACUCUCCUGCAUCUUCCUGCGCGAGGGCAAAGCAACAGAUGAAGACAUGCAGAGUCUGGCCAGUCUGAUGAGCAUGAAGCAGGCCGACAUCGGCAACCUGGACGACUUUGAGGAGGAGAACGAGGAGGACGAGGAGAACCGCUUCAAUCAGGAGGAGAAAGCCGCCAAGAUCACAGAGAUAGUCAGGCAGUUAAAUGCCCUCAGCAGUAUAGAUGGAGACGCAGAUGAAGGCCCAAAGCACGUCCUCAAAGCAGUCUGUUCUCCUGCAGAGUUGAUCAGUAAGCUGAACUUCCUGGAUGAAGGCGAUCAGGAGCAAACCAUCACAAGCUCUAACCCCUUCGAAGAGGCAGAUGACCCCGUGAACCUCAACCCGUUCAGCGACCCUAAUGAGGAGGAAUCAGGCCCAGCUCCCCCUCUGGAGUCCACCUUAAACGACGAGGACUCGGCAGAUCCACUGAACCCUUUUGACGAAUCGGAGCCAAAUCCGGAGCAGCCCGAUUAUAAGAACCCGUUCGAUGAACCCGAGCCGGAGAGUUUACCCCCGAAAGGCAGUGCCAGGAAGAUCCCACGUCCUGUGGACAUGAGCAAAUACCUGUACGCAGACAGCAGCAAGACGGACGAGGCCGAGGAGCUGGACGAAUCGAACCCCUUCUACGAGCCCAAGUCAGGCAGUCCGGAUGAGUCCACUACAGAAAGCACGGCUGUGUUGAAGAACGCUAAACGGCGUGCUCCACUGCCCCCUGCUGCCCCCUCACUGACCCCCGUUAGCCCUGCCAUUCCCAGUGACCCCAAACCAGCUGUGACUGACAAGGUGUCCAUCAUGUGCCCUGCGCUAGGUCCAAGAGAGCUGGCCUCUUCCUCACCUAAGGACAGCCCAGUGCCCAGUCCAGUGUUGGGAGGAAGGCCAAAUGCCAGUCAUUCACUGCUUGUCUGGUGCCGAGAGGUGACCAAGAACUACCGCGGAGUUAAGAUCACCAACUUCACCACAUCAUGGAGGAACGGGCUCGCCUUCUGUGCCCUGCUGCACCAUUUCAGACCAGAUCUCAUUGACUACAAGUCUCUAAAUCCUCAAGACAUUAAAGAAAACAACAAAAAGGCGUACGACGGCUUCGCAACUCUGGGCAUCUCUCGGCUGCUGGAGCCGGCCGACAUGGUGCUGCUGGCGAUCCCGGAUAAGCUGACCGUGAUGACGUACCUGUACCAGAUCCGUGCGCACUUCAGCGGUCAGGAGCUGAGUGUGUUACAGAUCGAGGCCCAGGCCGGACGCAGCACCUACAAAGUGGGCGAUUUCCACACCGACACGGAGAGCUCCGUGGCUCACGACACCUUUUACGCCGAGGUUCAAAACCAGACGCAAAACGUCCAUCCUGAUGUCAAAGGGGAGGAGCCAGAAGACACAGAGUUAACAGAAACCGCUCCGUGCACAUCCUCGGCUGCGACCAACGUGAACCUCGACGCUUCAGGGGCAAAAGAGGAUGCGAUCGAUGCCGAGAGUGAAGGAGAGAAGGAAAAAGAGAGGGACGGUGUGGCUCCGGCGGGUGGAGAGCAACCGCCGGCCUCUGUUUCACAUCCACACACACUCGGGUUCAGCUACAACCAAGAUCCUGACAUGAAGGCGAAGAGGAGCGUGAGACCGAACGACGCGGACGGCACAAAGAAAGAGAACAGCUCGUUACAGACCAACCAUACAGACGUGUCCAACAAACACACGCAGGAGACCGCGCCUGUCCCUGCGUCUACCGGCAACGAGAAGAAAGUACAGUCUCGUCAGGAGGAGCUGAAGGAGAGAGCUCGCCUCCUGCUGGAGCAGGCUCGCAGAGACGCAGCCCUGAAGGCCAGGAACAAAUCCGUCCCGAGCAGCACCUCACCUACGCACGUGCGGCCGCCGCAGGUCAUCGACGAGCGUGACGAGGAGAGGCGCAGGCAGCUGAGGGAGCGAGCGAGGCAGCUGAUAGCAGAGGCUCGAUCAGGAGUGAAGAUGGCUGAGUUCCCUCUGCACUCAGACACCUCUACUUCUGCAGGAGAGUUCAAAGGAAGGUCAAAGGCAGCUGGAGUCAUGGUGAGUAAGGUGUGUGUAGAUGGUGAGGAAGAGAGCGCUGAAGAAGAGCAAGUGGUAUCGUCGCCCGAUGAUGAUGUCACUAUUUAUGAUAAUGAGGAGGAACCAAUGGCCUCUUGUCUGCUGGAGGAAGACUUUACUAACUCAACUACUGACCUAGCUUCUCUGGGUGUGAUGAACAGCAGGCACGUGGACCUGAAGCUAAAGAAGUUGACGGAGGUUCGACCUCAGGGGGGAAGCUCACCAUCUUCUUCCUCUUCUUCCUCAUCCCUUACAGCCUCCAGCACGUCGCUGCUCAGCCCUGGAGACGAGGCCCACCUGAGCUUGCAGAAUAACAGUGAGGAGCUGAAGGCCGAGCGUCUACGCAGGGCAACAGAGCGUCUCCGAAGUCCCGUUGUCUUUAGCAAGGAAUCAGCUGUGCGCAAAACACAGCUCAAGUCUUUCAGCCAAUACGUGGAGAGUCGUCCAGAGGUGAAGAGGCAGAGGUCCGUGCCUGAGGAGCUAAAGCGAGCAGCAGAGGUCAGGAGCGGGACUUCAGAGGUGGAAAACCGAAAGCCGGCUGAAGAUGAGGCGUUCAGAGACACGAGUCAGUACGUGGUGGGCGAGCUGGUGGCUCUGGAGAGCGAGCAGAGGCAGAUCGACACGCGCGCCUCAUGUGUGGAGAAGCGCCUGCGCUAUCUCAUGGACACAGGGAAGAAUAAGGAGGAGGAGGAGGCCAUGAUGCAGGAGUGGUUCACGCUGGUGAAUAAGAAGAACGCUCUGAUCCGUCGCCAGAAUCAGCUCUCUCUGCUGGAGAGGGAGCAUGAUCUGGAGAGGCGCUUCGAGCUGUUGAACCGGGAGUUAAGAGCAAUGCUGGCGAUUGAAGACUGGCAGAAGACUGAAGCCCAGAAACAUCGGGAACAGCUGCUUCUAGACGAGCUGGUCAUACUGGUCAACAAGCGUGAUGCUCUGGUCCGAGAUCUCGACGCACAGGAAAAAGAGGCAGAGGAGGAGGAUGAGCACCUGGAGCGGACUCUGGAACAGAACAAAGGAAAGAUGGCUAAGAAAGAAGAAAAGUGUGUCCUUCAGUGAUUUCCAAAACAGACACUAAAACUUACUAAACUUACUGCAGAAAAAAAAGAAGAAUGUUUACUACAAUUUUGAGAAACGUAUUAUUAUUACUAUUAUAACAAGCAUUGCAUUACUUACGUUUAUUUCGGCUUUAGAUAAAAGUUUGGUCAGCGUUUGCAGCCCAGGGGCUGGUGUGUGUUCAUUCACUCUAAUGCCUUUGGUUUUCUUUAUACUGAGAUUACAUUUCAACACUAAUAGAUUGUUCAAUCGUUCUUAAAAAGGUACUCGUAUGUGAUAAAACAACCAUUUUUUUAAAGAACCGAAUAACCACGUCGGACAGGAAGCUCCACGACGAUCCACUGACUUUUUAAUGUUUGUUGUUUCAGACAGACGCAUAGCUUCAAUCAUAUGAAUGUGUGUUAAUUUCCCAGUGGAGAUUAGGACUGAACAUUUUGAGGUACAAACACAACAUCGUUUUAUAGUUAUUUUAGCGUUUAAAAAAAAAAAAUUCUGCAUUUUAUCUAUAAAAAAACUCUAAAUCUUCUUUUACUCCAAACAGUGUUUUAUUACUUAAUGUAUAACUUUUAAUUCAACUACUUUUUAAAUGUAUAGGAUCUCUUUAAGGGGGAUGUUGCAUUAAAAAAAAAAAAAGAAAGUUAGUUUGUUUGUUUGUUGUUUUUUAAAUUUUUUUGUUUAACCAAAAAAUUUGGGAUGUUCCAUGGCAGGAAUCUCGGAGUACUUUUUAAGUGCUUUUAUUUAGACUGAAUGGUUAAGAUGUACAUUUCACGUCACCGUUUCAUGAGAGGAGAAUACGAGCGUGUGAAAUCCUGUUUCCAGGAGCAGUUUAAAAACAAUUAAUUUAUUGUUGUUUGUCCUUUUUUGCGACAGCUAACCAUCUUCACGACCUUGUGCAUUAACUCAAGGACCUUGUUAAUAUUUAUUGUAUACUUUAAAAAUGCUUUCAUACACGUCUCUCUGGUUCAUCUCGCGUGCUGCUGUCUUAUCGUGUGAACGUUGUUUAUUUAUUCCUAAAAAUGACCAGUCAUCAAUAAAACCUGAAAUGCUUUCAUACUCUUAACAAAA